AUGUCUAUGUUAAAUCGAUCGGCAAUAUUGAUUAUGUAUUCUUGGGAAAAUGCUUCAAUUAAUUAUACAACUUAUUGUAUAUUUGAUACAGCAUCUUUGCUUAGAUAUGCAGGAACAUUGACAAUUAUACUUGGUUUUAUUGGUAAUUUUUUAUCAAUUCUUGUAUUUAGUCGAAAAGCACUUCGUUCUCGUUCAUGUUCAAUAUAUUUUUUGGUAUUAAAUUUAAGUGACAUAUGUGUAUUAAUUGGUUAUACAUUAGAAAAUUUACUUUUUCAUGGUUAUGGAAUACAAUUUUUAUCAAGUGCAUUUAUGUGUAAAUCGAUUAUUUUUCUUAUUUAUGCCUCAACAGAUAUAUCAAAUUAUCUUCUUACAUUAGCUGCCAUUGAUCGUUGUAUAUUAAUAUCAUAUAGAACAGUACAUCGUUUUUGUCGAGCAUCAACAGCAAAAUUACUUAUAGCAAUUGUUGUUAUUUUGUUUAGUUUAAUUAAUAGUCAUUUUCUUUAUGGAUUUCAUGUUGAUCAGAGUGGUUUAUGUUUGCCAUCAUCUAUGAAAUAUAUAGAAUUUUAUGUUCAUCAUUAUGAUUCAUAUAUUGAUAUAAUUAAAACAGUAUUAAUUCCAUUUGUAAUCAUAUUUAUUUGUAAUAUAUUUAUUAUAUCAACAUUAACACGAAAGAAAAGUUUAUUACGAAGAGCUUCAACACUACAACGACGUAUUCGUCAAGAAAAAGAUCGACAAUUAACCUUUUUUCUUUUAUUAACAUCAAUAUUAUUUAUUGUUUUAUCAUUACCAUCAGAAAUUAAUGAUUUUAUACGUACACAUUUAAGUCAACAAUUUCAAAUUAAAUAUGCAUGUCAAUUAUGGAUAAGUACAACAAUAUUUAUUCUUUUACAUCAAAUACAUCAUGCAUCACAUUUUUAUGUUUAUACAUUAACGGGACCAAUAUUUCGACAAGAAUUUCAAAAAUUUAUUUGUCAUUAUAAAAAACCUAAUUAUAAAGUAGAUUUAUUUGAUUAUUCUAGAAGACCAACAAUAAUAAGUCCUCAUAUAAAUCAUGAUGAUAUUGAUGAUCAACAAUUAGAUAUAUUUCCUAGACAAACUUAA